GCCGCACGCUGAGCGGCAGCGCGAGGCGCCUUGCCAAUAAGAAGCAUCUCACUCAUGCAGCCGGACACGAUUGGAGAGGUGACACAGCACGUGCGCUGAGCGGUGCGGGGUUGGACUUAAAGUGCUGAUUGUCCGGAGUGAACCCAACCCAACCCAACCCAGCCCAUCCCGUCCCAUCCAUCCCAUCCCAUCCCAACACGAGACGAGACAAGGUAACGCAGCGCAACGCGACGCUACGCGAGGGAGCGCGGGGCAGCGCGAGCUGUGGGGGCUCGGCGGGGACGCGCGGCUCUCGCAGAAGAUGCGCUCUCCAGUCGCUCGCUGAGAAGAACCAAAGCAAAGCAAAAGGAAGGAGCCGGAGCGAGGGCGCGCGCAGUCACGCCAUGGAGACGCAGGGCAGACAGUACCACCACCCCGCAGGAAUAUUCACCUCUCCCUCGGUCACCGGACACUUGAGCCGCGGGGAAGAUGUGAUCGCCCUGAGCAAGCCGCUGGCUUUCUCCAUCGAGCGGAUUAUGGCCAGGACGCCGGAGCCCAGGUCCGUGUCCAUGACCACGUCCACGUCCACGUCCACGUCUUCUCCAGACGCGUUCGAGGCUCCCCUCAACAAAGUAGUGGAGCCAAAGCAGCAGCAGCAGGUGAUCCAGCUGAGCUCGUCCCCGCUCCACUGCAUGAUCCCUUUCGUACCUCUCGCCUACGAACCUGGGAACAAGCUGAACGCCGGUGGGUCGGACCCGAGCCACUUCGAUGCUUCCUCCUAUAAUAACCCGAACGACUUGCUGAACGUGGGCUUGAGUUACAAAAGCGACCUCCCAGAUCAUCAUGCGCCGCUUCCGAACCCUUCGGUAGCGCAGUACAAACUUUUUCGGCCGCGGGUCAUAAACCAGUCGCCUUUCCACGCGAUGGGGGCCGUGUGCUACCUGAACUGCGCCGAAGCAGGGUCGUGCGGACCUCCGGCCGGCAUCCUGAACCUGCACCCCAUGGCCUCCUACAUCCUCAACUCGCCGAUCCACGGGCGCCACAAAGCCUUCCUCGCGGAGAAGAGCAAACUAGGCCCGUGCGUGGAAAGGUACCCCCCCGGCGGCGUGGCUUACAAGGACCUGUCCCAGAGUGAGCUGCAGCACCUGGUCAAGGAGAAGCUGUUCAAGAGCUCCUCCAAACUGGGCUGCGGCUCCGCGUCGCCCGGCGCCAAGCCCAAGGUGUUCACCUGCGAGGUCUGCGGAAAGGUGUUCAAUGCCCACUACAACCUCACGCGACACAUGCCCGUGCACACCGGCGCGCGACCCUUCGUCUGCAAAGUGUGCGGCAAAGGAUUCCGCCAGGCGAGCACGCUGUGUCGGCACAAAAUCAUACACACCCAGGAAAAACCACACAAAUGCAACCAGUGUGGGAAAGCGUUCAACAGGAGCUCCACGCUGAACACGCACACGCGGAUCCACGCGGGAUACAAACCCUUCGUGUGUGAAUUCUGUGGCAAAGGAUUUCACCAGAAAGGUAACUACAAGAACCACAAGCUGACGCACAGCGGGGAGAAGCAGUUCAAGUGCAGCGUGUGCAGCAAGGCCUUCCACCAGGUGUACAACCUCACCUUCCACAUGCACACGCACAACGACAAGAAGCCCUUCACGUGCCCCACGUGCGGAAAGGGCUUCUGCCGGAACUUCGACCUGAAGAAGCACGUGAGGAAACUGCACGACGUGCCCGCGCCGUGCCACGCGAAGAAGGAAGCCCACGAGGGCCCGUGAGAUCGUUCCCCUCGUUAUCGCUGUCGCGCGCUAACGCCCCCCCCCCUCCCCCGCCCCGCGGCGCCCAU